CCACGCAACUUCUACAUAAUAAAACCAAAAAAAUACGUGUAGAAAUAUUCCAGUGUGGCAUAUCAUGUUUGGCCUUUGCCUAUAUGAUCCAAAGAGAUCAAAGCCAAAUUGGUUUUGUUCUUUUCUUCCUUUCUUAAGUAUAUAUAUAUAAUUAAAAAAAAAGAAGCUUGAGCUCAAGCCAUGGCCAUGUCUGCUUCUCCGAACAAGAACCUGAAAAUAGGGAUCGUUGGGUUCGGCAACCUCGGACAGUUCCUGGCAGAGACAAUGAUCAAACAAGGUCAUAGCAUUCAUGCCACUUCCCGUUCUGAUUACUCUGAUCUCUGUAUCCGUCUCGGCAUUGUCUUCUUCCGGGACACUGAUGCCUUUCUUGAAGCCGAUAGUGAUGUCAUCUUGCUCUGCACAUCGAUUCUUUCGCUCUCCAAUGUCCUUGAGUCGAUGCCACUUAAGAGCAUUAGGCGUCCUGUUCUCUUUGCUGAUGUUCUCUCUGUCAAGGAGCAUCCCAAGGACGUUCUUCUCCAAGUGGUACCUGAGGAUUGUGACAUUCUCUGCACACACCCCAUGUUUGGACCACGAAGCGGAAAAGACGGGUGGAAAGGUUUAGCCUUUAUGUACGAUAAAGUCAGAUUACGGGAUGAAGCUACUUGCUCUAAGUUCCUCAAUGUUUUCCGGACAGAGGGAUGCAAAAUGCUGGAAAUGACUAGCGAAGAACACGACAGACUAGCUGCCAAGAGUCAGUUUCUUGCUCAUACCAUUGGCAGGACUCUAUCAGAAAUGGGCAUCAAAUCAACAUGCAUUGACACAAAGUCCUUCGAAACACUUCUUCAGUUGGAAGAAAGCUCGGGGCAAGAUAGUGAAGAUCUAUAUAAAGGACUGCUCACAUACAAUAGGUUUGCCAAACAAGAGCUGAAGAACCUUGUGGAUGCCAUUCAAAAGGUUAGAGAUAGGUUUUUUGAAGAGGAGGAACACUGAAGUAGAGAAAGCCCUUUUCAAGAAAGGGAAAAAAAAUCCUUUUAUCCUUACUGUUUCUUUAAUUUAUUUACACGAAAUUAGUGAACUAAUGAUAAUUGGUGUAUAAUAAUUAAUUAAGAAA